AUGAAAGUCAUCACAAAGUGCAUAUUUAGUGCAUUAGUUCUUGUCAUGUCCUCGGUUUUAUCAUCACUUGUUGUUAAUGGAGACCCUUUAGUUCCGGCGCUGUGCAUUUUCGGGGACUCUGUCGUUGAUGUCGGGAACAAUAACAAUCUCCAAACGCUCAUCAAAGCGAAUUUUCUUCCUUACGGAAGAGAUUUCGUCACCCAUCAACCCACCGGAAGGUUCUGCAAUGGCAAGCUCGCCACCGAUUUCACCGCUGAGUAUCUUGGGUUCCAUUCAUACCAACCGGCAUACCUCAGCCGAGACGCCAAAGGGAGGAAUAUUCUCAUCGGCGCCAACUUUGCCUCGGCUGCUUCCGGCUAUUUCGACAGCACAGCACUACUAUAUGGAGCUCUGUCACUGCCGCAGCAGCUCGGUUACUACAAGAACUGGCAGAGCAAAGUGGUGGCUUUGGUGGGAAGGAGUAAAGCUAAUGCUAUAUUCUCAAAAGCAAUUCAUCUUAUAAGUGCUGGCACUAGUGAUUUUAUCCAGAACUACUAA